AUGGCCGUUGCAGACGUGCGUUUCAAGCUCAACACUGGCGCGGAGAUCCCGGCCUUGGGUCUUGGUAUACCCCUCUUUCUCUUUCUUUCUCAUUCUCCCUCCUCUUCAUUGUCUUCUCUAUUCUUCAAUUGUACUGACAAACUAGGAACCUGGCAGUCUGCUCCCGGUGAGGUCGAAACGGCCGUCAGUCACGCCAUCUCGGUGGGAUACAGACACAUCGACGGCGCCUUCUGCUACCAGAACGAGGAAGAGGUCGGCCGGGGCAUCAAGAAGGCGCUGGACGCGGGUAUCGUCAAGCGUGAGGAUCUUUUUGUGACGACAAAGCUGUGGUGUACCUUCCACACUCGCGUCGAGGAAGCCCUCGACCUGAGUCUGAAGAACCUGGGGCUGGACUAUGUUGAUCUAUACCUUGUCCACUGGCCGACGGCCAUGAACCCGGAAGGAAAUCACCCCCUCUUCCCCAAACUUGAAGAUGGCUCCCGCGACAUCGUCCACAGCCACUCCCAUGUGACCACCUGGAAGAGCAUGGAGAAGCUCAUGGCAACCGGCAAGACCAAGGCCAUCGGCGUCUCCAACUACAGCAAGCGGUAUCUCGAGGAACUGCUGCCCCAGGCGACCAUCAUCCCCGCCGUCAACCAGAUCGAGAACCACCCGGCCCUGCCCCAGCAGGAGAUCAUCGACUUUUGCAAGCAGCACGGCAUCAUCGUCACGGCCUACAGCCCGCUAGGCAGCACGGGAGGGCCGCUCUUCUCCGCCGCCCCGAUUGUUGAGGUUGCCCAGCGGAGAGGCGUCAGCCCGGCCAUUGUCCUUUUGUCUUGGCAUGUCGCCCGUGGCACCGUCGUGCUCGCCAAAUCAGUCACCCCCUCCCGUAUCGAAGCCAACCGCCAGCUCAUCCAGCUCGACGAGACCGACAUGGAGAUUAUCGCCAAAUACACCGCCGAUCUGGCCGCCAACAACGCCUUCCAGCGUUUCGUCUACCCGGCUUUCGGCGUUGACUUUGGCUUCCCGGAUAAGUCGUAG